CACACAGCUAGUAAGUGCUAGCUAGCAUUGAGUGCUGUGCCCAUGAAAUUUAUCUACAUAGGCUUUCACUUAACCUGCAGACAGAACUCAGUUAGUGGGAGAUACUUUCCCUCAAUAUUAUUAGCAUUGUUUCACUGCAACGUGGAACGACAGCUUUAAAACGUGCUCUUCGUAGGCCCGGCUACUCCAAGAACAGCGCCUCCCGCCAGACCCAGGCGGCUUCCUUCACCCGCAACCCGAGAGACGACCCGCAGGGCCCGCCCCGCGGAAGCCGCUGGUUGCCAGGCCAAGGAGUGGACGAGGGUUGCCGGGGAAGCGGUUUGGGAGAGCCCAUGGUGACUGCGUGAGUGGAGCCCAGCUGUGUGGAUGCCCCAGCAUGGAUGACUACAUGGUCCUGAGAAUGAUUGGGGAGGGCUCCUUCGGCAGAGCUCUUUUGGUUCGGCAUGAAAGCAGUAAUCAGAUGUUUGCCAUGAAAGAAAUAAGGCUUCCCAAGUCUUUCUCUAAUACACAGAAUUCUAGGAAGGAGGCUGUUCUUUUAGCCAAAAUGAAACACCCCAAUAUUGUUGCCUUCAAAGAAUCAUUUGAAGCUGAAGGACACUUGUACAUUGUGAUGGAAUACUGUGAUGGAGGGGAUCUAAUGCAAAAGAUUAAACAGCAAAAAGGAAAGUUAUUUCCUGAAGACAUGGUAAGAGAUUGACUUACAUAUAUUCUAUGCAUUAUUAUUAACCAUAUACAUAAAAAUACAGUAUUAUAUUCUUCUUUUUAAAUGCAGAAUAUCUUCCUCACUCAAAAUGGAAAAGUGAAAUUGGGAGACUUUGGAUCUGCCCGUCUUCUCUCCAAUCAGAUGGCAUUUGCUUGUACCUAUGUGGGAACACCUUAUUAUGUGCCUCCAGAAAUUUGGGAAAACCUGCCUUAUAACAAUAAAAGUGACAUCUGGUCCUUGGGAUGCAUUCUGUAUGAACUCUGUACCCUUAGGCAUCCAUUUCAGGCAAAUAGUUGGAAAAAUCUUAUCCUCAAAGUGUGUCAAGGGUCCAUCAGUCCUCUGCCAUCUCAUUACUCCUACGAACUUCAGUUCCUAGUCAAGCAGAUGUUUAAAAGGAAUCCCUCACAUCGCCCCUCGGCUACAACGCUUCUCUCUCAAGGCAUCAUAGCUCGGCUUGUCCACAAGUGCCUAUCCCCCGAGAUCAUCAUGGAAUAUGGUGAGGAGGUAUUAGAAGAAAUAAAAAAUUUGAAGCAUAAUACACCAAGAAAAAAAACAAACCCCAGCAGAAUCAGGAUAACUUUGGGAAAUGAAGCAAGCACAGUGCAAGAGGGAGAACAAGAUAGAAAGGGUAGCCAUACUGAUUUGGAAAGCAUUAAUGAAAAUGAAAGUGCAUCGAGAAGAGUAAACAGAGAAGAAAAAGGUAGUGAGUCAGUCCAUCUGAGGAAAGCCAGUUCACCAAAUCUUCACAGACGACAGUGGGAGAAAAAUGUACCCAAUACAGCUCUUACGGCUUUGGAAAAGGCAUCCAUACUCACCUCCAGUUUAACAGCAGAGGAUGAUAGAGGUGGUUCUGUAAUAAAAUACAGCAAAAACACUGCUCGUAAGCAGUGGCUCAAAGAGACCCCUGACACUUUGUUGAACUUCCUUAAGAAUGCUGAUCUCAACUUGGCCUUUCAAACAUACACGAUAUAUAGACCAGGUUCAGAAGGGUUCUUGAAAGGCCCCCUGUCUGAAGAAACAGAAGCAUCGGACAGUGUCGACGGAGGUCACGAUUCUGUCAUUUUGGAUCCAGAGCGACUUGAGCCUGGGCUAGAUGAGGAGGACACGGACUUUGAGGAGGAAGAUGACAACCCCGACUGGGUGUCAGAGCUGAAGAAGCGAGCUGGAUGGCAAGGCCUGUGCGAUGGAUAAUGCCUGAGGGAGUGUUCCUGAGUCACACUGAGGAGAGGCUUCACUCAGGAGUUCAUGUUGAGAUGAUCAUGAGUUCAUGCGAUGUAUAUUUUCCUUUGGAAACAGAAUGAAGCGGAGGAAAUUCUUAAUACUUAAAAUUGUUCUUGAUUAGUAUCAUGAGUUUGAAAAGUCUAGAACUCCUGUAAGUUUUUGAAUUCGAGAGAGAAGGUGUAGUGGAAUGAGUGUGAGCAUUGGGCUUUGCAGUCCCAUAGAACAGAAAUGGGAUGAUAGCCUGCCACUACCUACUUGUGUGAUUGUGGGAAAUUACUUAAUCUCUUCGAGCCCCAAUUUCCUUAACCAUAAAAUGAAGAUAAUAUUGCCUACCUCAGAGGGAUGCUGACUAUAGACCAUUACAGCAGCCCAUAUGUUAUUCACAUUAUGAUUUGUGUUUAUUAUUAUGUGACUCUUUUUACACUUCCUAAAGGCUUGAGAAUUAAAUAUAUUUAAUUUUGAU